AUGAGUGUGGCUACACCUGCUGCCAGGCGCCUGCUCUGCAGGUCUCUGGCAGCCAACUCCGCCAAAACGUCCGCACGCGCCGCUGCCGCUGCCGCUACCGCCGCUCCGGGAUCAAUAUGCCAACGACACAGCUUCCACGCCUCUGCGCCAGUGGCAGGGAGGAAGAGGUCACCAUUCAAGAACGUCAAGAUCGACGAAGUGAACCUGGACGACCACGAGACGAGGAGGAGGUUCAAAGAGGAGUCCCUGCCCGACUGGGAUGAGACUGACCUCAAGUCUCUGAAGAAGAAAUACACUCCAGAGCAGCUGAGCGCAGUGCAGCUGGGCGAGAAGGUCAUCGACAUGGAUGACCUGGCGGUGCAGGGUAGGAUACGGAACGACCCGUACGCGUUCGAGUAUCUCGAGGACUUCUCAAAGGUCCGCCCGGUCGUAGACAAGCGCGUCAAGACCUACCGACCGGUCGACACCACUGCGAAGUUCAUGACGCCAGAAGAGUUUGGCGAUGACUUUGUCGAGUUCGUGCGACAAUUGAACGAAAAGCGGGGUGUAUCGCACGACAUAACCUACGAGCAGGCGCUCAACAUGUACGAGGAGAUGCGGUCCAAGAUGUUGAACAGCAACCCCGAGGACGCAUUGUCGACGACCGAGCUUGCGGAAGCCAUGGACAGAGUCGUUGGCGAGACAGAGGCGGCACAGGAAGGCGCCCUGGAAGAUCCGGCUCAAGACAGGGACAGCCAAGGCCCAAAAGACAUUUCAGACUUGGAGGCAUACAAAUACUUCAUGGAGCGCAACUCCAUGACCGGGUUCGACGGCGGCGAUACCUCCCUUGCGCCCGACCUGCCAGACAAGGUGCCCGGCGUGGCGGGCCUGUACAAGCGGCAGAUGGACGAGUCUGACGAGAGCCUGGAUCCCGAAGGCACGUACCAAGAGCUGAAGAAGAAGACGGGCAUGAGCGUGGGCGAGAUCCUCGACAUCUUCAACAGGCAAACCAAGAUCCUGGUGCGCAGGUACGUCUCGAACCAGACGCGUUUGGGCAAGAUCCGCAGCACCUACAUCCUCGCAAUGGCCGGCAACGGAAACGGGCGCUUGGGCAUGGGCGAGGCCAAGUCCGUAGACCCGGAGAUCUCCAUCAUGAAAGCGAAGCUGUCAGCCAUCCAGAACAUGGUGCCCAUUCGGAGAUACGAGAACAGGACAAUCUACGGCAAUGUGGAGGCCAAGAUUGGAGGAACAAUUGUUCAGAUGUACACGCGGCCACCUGGAUUUGGUCUCCGUGUCUCUCACCGCAUGUUCGAGAUUGCCCGUCUUGCGGGUAUCACUGACCUCUCCGCUCUGACGAACCAGCCCGACCCGGAACUCAUUGCGCUCGGCAGAGGCAAGAAGCUCGUCGAUGCGCGGAAGGUUUACUAUGGUGGUGCUGUACAUUAG